AUGGCGAUGAAAUCCACCGCAAAGUCUCAGCUUACCACCGGAAAAGCUUCCGUCGCCAUGUAUUUCAACGACAUCUCACCAGGACGAUCUGAGUCACAGCUUCGAUUCCGGCUAAUCCACUUUUGGGAGGCAAGAAACAUAGCCAAAGCUCGGGCCUUUCUUGGCUUAGAGCUCCUACUCAUUGAUGAACAUGGGACUGUGAUGCAAGGUUUUAUAUCCUCUAAUCGUGCUGAAACAUACCGGCCUCAUCUCAAAGCAGGAGCUACUUACACUCUUCAGAUUUUUUUUGCCACCAGAAGCAAGGAGAUUUAUCGUGUUGUUGAUCAGAGUUUAACAAUUUCAUUCUCCAACGGCUCUGUUCUCGCUCCCCUUGACGACGAUGACAUACCCGUCUCUGUCUCUUUCCCGGCAGACAGGUUCAGGUUCCACACACAUGAUGAUUUCCAAGCUAACCGUGGACUCAGGGGCGACCUCUACGAUGUCGUUGGCCACUUGAGGCUGGUGAAUGGACAGUCUCUCAUUGACCGCCCCGUCCUUGAUGAGGCCGAAAUAAUCAGCAUGCGUCAUGUUUUGGUACAUUUGCAGACGAAAGAUGGAGCCGUUAUGAAGCUGUACCUUUGGGACCAGGCUGCAAAAGAUUUUUACAAGAAAUUCACAUCCAGUGAAGACACUAAUCAAUUUUUCCCAUGUCAUAACCCACCCACUGCAAAUACAAGCGUUUCCUGUAAUUUAGCUCUCAGUACGAUGUCAUCCUCACGUGUCUUCAUAGACAAAGAUAUCCAGCCCACGAUUGAUUACUUUAACUGGUUGACUUCUAACCCAGAGAUUGCAAAUCGGGUUAAUGCAGAUUAG